GAAGAGGCUGAGCUCCUGGAGGGGCCACAGGACGCUGAUCUGCUGCCCACUGGGAGGAACGUGUUCGGGCCCGCGGCAGGGGGCGGGGUCGCGCCUCCGCCUCGGCUCUGGUUCCAGCCGAGCCUCACCGACGCCGAGAUGGAAAUCCCGAGGCUGCUCCCGGCUCGCGGGACACCACAGGGCGGCGGCGGCGGCGGCUGCUGCCCCGCGGGUGGCGGCGGGGUGCCCCGAGCCCCGGACUCUCUGGCUUGUCAGGCCCCCACGCGCCGCCUCCUCCUGCUCCGGGGGGCCCAAGAUGGCGGGCCGGGGCCGCGGAGCGCAGAGGCCCAGAGGGCCUCACGGGGCCUGGGCCCGAGCCCUAGCGCGAACCGCUUGGCGCCGAAGCCGGAUCCCCGGAGCCGCGGCGGCGGAGGAGGAGGCAGAGGCGGCGGCGGCGGCGACGACUUCUUCCUGUUGCUGCUCGACCCGGUGGGUGGCGACGUAGAAACGGCGGGCGCGGAGCAGGCCGGAGGGCCGGUGCGGAGGGAGGAGGCCGGGGCAGGCCCGGGACCAGAGCGGCGCGCGAGCGGCGCGGCGAACCCCGCGGGCCGGCCCGAGCCGGGGCCCCGGCGCCCGUCGGCCGCGCCGGCUCCGUCGCCGCUCCCCGCGGCGGGCCCGUGCCCGGGCCCCGGUCCCGGCCCCGGCCCCGCGGCGGCCUUCGCGGGCACCAUCACCAUCCACAACCAGGACUUGCUGCUGCGCUUCGAGAACGGCGUCCUCACCCUGACCACGCCCCCGCUGCCCGCCUGGGAGCCGGGGGUCGCGCCGGUCCCGCAGCCGCAACCCGGGGUCCCCGGCGGCCCCGGAGGCCCCGGCGGCCCGGACGGCCCGCAGGCCGGCUACCCGCCCGCCGCCGCGGCCGCCGCCGCCGCCGCGGCCGCCGGCUCCUCGCAGCUGGGCGACUGCCCCGAGCUGCCACCCGACCUCCUGCUGGCCGAGCCGGCGGAACCCGCGCCCGCGCCGGCGCCUCCGGAGGAGGAGGAGGCCGAGGCCCCGGCCGCGGCCCAGAGCCCCCGCGGGCCUCUCGGCCCGGGCCCGGGCGUGCUGCUCUACCUGUGCCCGGAGGCUCAGUGCGGCCAGACCUUCGCCAAGAAGCACCAGCUGAAGGUGCACCUGCUGACGCACAGCAGCAGCCAGGGCCAGCGGCCCUUCAAGUGCCCCCUGGGCGGCUGCGGCUGGACCUUCACCACCUCCUACAAGCUCAAGAGGCACCUGCAGUCGCACGACAAGCUGCGGCCAUUCGGCUGCCCGGUGGAGGGCUGCGGCAAGAGCUUCACCACCGUGUACAACCUCAAGGCGCACAUGAAGGGGCACGAGCAGGAGAACUCCUUCAAGUGCGAGGUGUGCGAGGAGAGCUUCCCCACGCAGGCCAAGCUCAGCAGCCACCAGCGCAGCCACUUCGAGCCCGAGCGGCCUUACCAGUGCGCCUUCUCCGGCUGCAAGAAGACCUUCAUUACCGUGAGUGCCCUGUUCUCUCACAACCGCGCCCAUUUCAGGGAACAGGAACUCUUCGCCUGCUCCUUCCCGGGCUGCAGCAAGCAGUACGACAAGGCUUGCCGCCUCAAGAUUCACCUGCGGAGCCACACGGGAGAGCGGCCUUUCCUUUGCGACUUUGAUGGCUGCGGCUGGAACUUCACCAGCAUGUCCAAACUCCUGCGACACAAGAGGAAGCACGACGACGACCGCAGGUUCACCUGUCCCGUGGAGGGCUGCGGCAAGUCCUUCACCAGGGCCGAACACCUCAAGGGCCACAGCAUCACCCACCUGGGCACGAAGCCCUUCGUGUGCCCCGUCGAAGGCUGCUGUGCCAGGUUCUCUGCCCGCAGCAGCCUCUACAUCCACUCCAAGAAGCACUUGCAGGACGUGGGCACCUGGAAGAACCGAUGCCCGGUCUCCACCUGCAACAAACUCUUCACGUCCAAGCACAGCAUGAAGACCCACAUGGCCAAGAGGCACAACCUCAGCCAGGACCUCUUGGCCCAGCUCGAAGCCGCCAACUCUCUCACGCCCAGCAGUGAACUGGCCAGCCAGGGGCAGAGCGAUCUCAGCAGCCCCGAGCUGGUGUCUCUCUUCUCGGAUGCGCCCGGCCACAGUUCUGCCGCGGUGCUGGACACGGCCCUGGUCAACUCUGGCAUCUUGACUAUUGACGUGGCCUCUGUGAACUCCACUCUCGCAGGAGGUCUCCCUGCCGAGAACAGUAACCAUUCCUUGGGGCCAGCGGCGGACCCCCGGGCCCUGAGGGCCCCCAGUGACCUUCCCCAGGGUCUGGAUACCUCUCUCUUCUUCGGAACCUCGGUGGCCGCUUAUCAGCAGAGCCCCUUAGACAUGGACGAUGUCCCCGGGGGAAGCGUGGGGGGGCUCUUUGGCUCCCUGGCCCUGAAAAACUCAAGCCUGGAGCCCCAAGCUUUGACACCCAGCAAUAAGUUAACCGUGGACACGGAAGCUCUGACUCCCUCCAGCACCCUUUGUGAAAACAGUGUCUCGGAACUGCUGACCCCUGCCAAAGCCGACUGGAACGUGCAUCCCGACUCUGACUUCUUUGGGCACGAGGAAGAGACCCAGUUUGGAUUCUCCAACCCAAUGGGAAGCCACGGUUCUCAGAAAGAAACAGAUCUCAUCACGGUGACUGGCACCCCGUUUUUGGUAUGAACCUACUCUGCCCUGCCUGCCCAGCCCUGCCCUGCCCUGUCGUGCCCUGCCGUGCGGCUCACUUUUAUCACACUCUGGUCUGAGGACGUUCUGGAAGGAGGGCUUCCGUGCAGUCGUUUCUUGCUGCUUUGCAGAGGAACGCGUCUGUGGACUACAAAUUUAGAGAUUUACAUUCUCAUCCUGGGCCUGGAACUCAUGAGUUCUGUGACCCUCAGCAAGUCUCCCAACCUAGCUGAGCCUUAAUGUUUUUUUUCCUUCUAAAGGAGGUGGUUUGUUCAGAUGGCUUCUACUCUCUUUUCAGCUCUUUAGGUUCUGAAUAUUAAGUGUUUUUUUCCUAAACAUUUUUUUGUUACAGCCCAAUAAUGAUAUGCUCUUAUUUUGAAUAUAAAGUAAAUUAAAUUAUGUAAUAGUGAAUAUAUACUUUGCACUUGACUUCAUCAAUUGUAAAUCCAUGAAUCAUAUUAUUUGUUUUUAUCGUUUUCCUCUUUUAGUAUUUUUGAAGGAGCUCCAGAUUUUAUUUUAUUCAUAAACAUUCAGUACUGAUCUUCAGAAUUUAUUGGGUCUUUAGAAAAAAAUAUUGUAAUAGUUUCUUUAUAUCAUUUAAUACCCGUUUUUAAGUUCAUAUUGUCACAUAAAUGCUUCCCCGUUUAAUAUUCUUUAACGUUCUGAAAUUAUUUUAACCUCUAUGUCCCAUUUUCCCUCUUAAGAAUUUAUUCAUUGAAAAUAAUUACUUUUGAGUAGAAUUUGCCACAUCUCAUCUAAUUUUUGCUGAUUGUUUUUUGUGUUUACUAAGUUUUCCUAAUUUAGUAGUUAAUGACUUGAUCAUAUUUAAAUAUUCUUUUUGCAUGAAUGUUUUAUAGAUCACCCUUUACUCUUUUAUUAAUUUGCUUAUGCUGUCUCCUUUCUCUUUUGGUGAUACUGAGUGACUUUACUGGUCAGGACGUUUGUUCUUACUUUUGCAUCUAAUAUGUUGAAUUGUUCGUGUACAAUCCUUACCAAUUAGGGGAGGAGGAGAUGUUGUUUAGAACACUUCAGAAAAUGGAAUAAAGUAUUAUCCAGUGCCACAAGAUUCUCUGAAAUGAUGGUAAAAUAACUAGACAAAGUAACAAAGAGAUUUGUGUUGACUGUUUGCAUUGUUGCUAUUUCAGACAGCUUUUGAUGGUAGUAGGAGGCUGUGUUGUGGAAUUGUGGUCUAGGACUUUGCCAUGAAAGAGACUCAGGGUCCAGUUAGUGCUCUGUGGUGUUGGAGAGAUUCUCUUGGAGGUACUGGUCUCACUAAACUCAGUUUCCUGUUUACUGAUUCAUGUGUAUGCACAUGACUAACAUUCCCUAGCCUUUUUUUUCUCAGACAGUUUUCAACACGUAAGAAAAAGUACGUAUUUCAGCACAUUUUAAUGACUUUAUAUGCUCUUUUUACAAUCUCAGUUUUUUGUGUUGUUUGAGAAAAAUAGUCUUAAUUAAGUCCUAUUGAUAUUCAAGUUAAUAAAGUGUUGUGGGUUUUAGAAUGAAACAGGAAAGGGUCUCUUUCUUAACCUGAAUAUUUUUCUCUCCCAAAUAGUUGUGGGAACAAAUAGGAGUGGGAACAGUGUCCACGUGGUUAUCUCCAUGCCUCUCCAUUUGAUUAGUCUGUCAACAUCCUUGUUCUGUUUCUAACAUCAGGCUUCUCUCUGUGACUGUGGAGCCUCUGAUUCUUUCAACAUCUGAUAAAGGAGCAGAGGGUGAUCAUAUCCUCUGUGAUCUGAAGAGAGCAUUGUUUAUAGUUUUCCAGAUUGAAAGAUGUGAAAGAUUGAAUCACAAUAUUGUGUAAACACUGUACAGAGAGUAUAGCAUUUUUAGUUUAUGGAAUAUUUCCAUAACUUAUGUCUUUUAUUUUUGUUCAGAGCAACCCUGUGAAGUAGUUUUAGCAAAGUCUGUGCAUGUUUCAUAUUAUAGUUUAGCCAACUCACAUUCCAACUGGUUUUGGCUAUGACUGACAGUUCUAUAUAUAGCUUCACAGAAAAAGAAGUGUUUUCACCUCUCCUGUUUGCAGCUUCCAAGAUUCACUCUCCUCUGUCAUAAGCAGCUGCUUUGUUCCAACUUAAUUGGUUUCUGUUAGCUUCUGCUUAUUUUUCUAUAGUCUAAUCCCUUGCCUAUGCGUCCCAGUUCUUCCUUACCUGUCUUUUUCUUUGUUUGUUUAAUGGGUAGAUACUUUCCUGUGACCAUCCCUUCACUAUUUUCCUCGUGGCACAUUUCAUUUCAGUGCUAGCAUUCACUGAGUGUGUACUGUAGUUCUGUGUGGACAGUAAAAAGCUAUUUUCUGAGCUUAAAUAAUACUGUGUGUAUAUAUGAUUCAACGCAUAAAGGAGAUUAUUUUUUAUGCUGUUCAAUGAGAAGUGAAUUCUGUUUCAUUAUUUCUAUUUAAAAAGUUUUUUGCCAGGGAGUUCUGCUAAUCCUUUCUUAUUUGUUCUAGUGUACUAGUCUAGUAGCAUUUGCAUGUAGAUGUCUAUGGAUGACAAACUUUGGAAAUGCACUAAAAAUUUGCCACUAUGAAAUGUUUCUUUGUUGUGUGUGUGUGUUGGUAUUUAUACAUACCCACAGAUACUCACAAAUAUUUUAAAAAUGGUUGUACUCAUUUAGUGAAAUGAAAAGUAGGCAUACUUUUAUAAAUCAAAGAAAUGCUUAGAAUUUUAUUUUGUCUACCCAUUUGACAGUUUUCCGUGUUUAUGUUGAAGCUAUUUGUAUUCAUAAAAUAUAUUUCAAAAG